AUGUCUUUUGGAGCACCCCAUGCCAAUAAAAAGAAGGAUGGGCUUUCGUCGCUUAGCAAGGAGACACAGGAAUUGCUUCAAGGGGGUGACUCCGCGUGGGUGGGUCACCUCAGCUCGGGCACCUCCUCCUACCAGCCGCCCAAGAGCAAGACAGCCAACCCGGUGAAGGCCCCCCGGGUGGGCGCCGGAGGGGGACCUCAACUGGCGCCGCCUCUACCCGGCAGGUUCAGCGGCAAGAAGAUGCAGCAUGAGAUACUCCGAGACACCCCCCCCGAGCGGGACAUGUUCGUGGGGGGACCUCCGGCUCCAAAUAGGGAGGCGGAGAAGGACAGGCUGUCCAAAGUGAUGGAGCUGGGCUCCAAGGGCGCCCGCGAGCUGGAUGCCAAGAUGGCGGCCAUGAAGCGGGAGGCGAGGGAGAGGGCGGAGAGGGCCAAGAGGCUGGAUGUGCGAGAGGAGAUGAUCGACCAGCCCCCGCUAAGCAAACCCCCCGACCCCGACCCCGACCCCGAACCCGACCCCGAACCCGCCCCCGAACCCGCCCCCGAACCCGCCCUCUCCCCCGCCCCCGACCCUUCCAAACCCCCACUCGCUAUAUGGUGUGAUGUUGGUGUUCAGAUUGUUGACGAGGUCCGCGAGCGACUGACCUUCCUGGAGUCCAUGCGGGCACUGGGCCGGGGGCCCGAGUACGAGGCCCAUAUCCGUGGCGAGGUGGCGGUGCGGCUGAAGGAGCUGGAGAAGCUGGGGGUGGCCACAUCCACCACCACCACCACCGGUGGCAAACACUGCAACGCAUCCAACGCAACCGCGAACAAGACGACAUAA